AAAAAAGAGGAUUUCAAACCAGCCUUCAAGAAGUGCAACACUAGGCAACAAACAGCAGAUUUAUCCUGAUUUCAUUGGUAAAAAUGUUCCAGCUAAAUCGGAAGAGCAGGAUACUCAUUACUAUGUCGGGCUGCGUUGCAGUUUGAAAAACAAAAUUGACCCCUACUCAAUCAUUGAGUUAUCGCCUACUAAAAUGACAACGACUUCCGGUCACUUUCCAAGAAGUAAAACAUCAGACAAUAAAGAGCAGGUGAACCCUGGUCCCAUAUAUGAAAACAUCUCAGCCCGUUAUAGCAGAUUGCACCUACCUAUGACCCACACAACUGAUCUCUGCUCCAAUAUUGAUGCACUUCCUGCUUACUAAAGUAACUUUGUUACCAUAGUGAUUUAAAGGGCCUUUUUCUCUGAUAGGUUUAGUGGCUGAACUAACUUCAGUAUCACAGCAGGGACACCACAUUUGGUGGAUCUGCCAGUGGUUUUCAUACUCUGCAACACAAAUUACAGAAUAAAUUAAUCUUGAACUUUUUAGUUAUAAAAUACAUGUUAUUGAAACAUAUGUCACAACUGAAAGAUGGCAGAAAACAACUACUUGUGUUUGAGUGACGUUUUCUUAACAUAGAACAUAAUAAAUGGUACUGUUCAAAUUAAGCUGUGUGGGUUCAUAUGUAUUCUAUUUCAAACAAGUACUGGUAUGUGGUUUGUCUCUAAACCUGAGCUCACUACAGAUAAACAUCAUGGAAAACUUCUAGAGAGUACAUUGAGCAGAUUUACAAAAUUAGGAAAUUGCUGCGGUACUUUGUGUGAGACAUACAUUAAGACAAACACUUAAAUAAAAAUAAAAAGUGCUAAGCAGAUUGAUAUAUAGAUGAACACAGGUGAUGAUCAGUGCAAAGUUGCAACAGGUGUAGAGAACACAAUACAGGGGUCAUGUGUUUGAAUUAGAGCAAGUGGUGGGAACAGUCUUAUGGUUAUUGUUCAUGAGGCCAACAGCAGAGGGGAAGAAACUGUUCUUAUGGCGAGAGGUUUUGGUCCAAAUGGACCGAAGCUUGCAGCCUGAGGGAAGCAGGUCAAACAGACCUUGUCUGGUCAGUUGUGCGCCCCAGUGUCCUGGAGGUGUACAGGUCCUGCAGAGAUGGGAGUCUGCAGCAAAUCACCUUGUCAGCAGAGUGCACAACAUGCUGCAGUCUCUGUUUUUCCCUGGUGGUGGCUCCAGCAUACCACACCACAAUGGAGGAGGUGAGGAUGGACUCGAUGAUUGCAGUGUAGAAUUGCGUCAUCGUCCAUGUUGGCAGGUUGAAUUUCUUCAGCUGACUCAGGAAGUACACCAGGUUGUUACGCCUGCACCAUGACACCAGGCAUUCAGCCUCCAUCCUGUAAGCAGACUCACCCCGUCCGAGAUGAGUCCGAUAACGGUCAUCUGCAAACUUAAUUAUCUUGACAGAGUGGUGGUUGGAGGUACAGCAGUUGGUGUAUAGGGAGAAGAGCAGAGGAAAAAGAACACCACCCUGAGGGGAGCCAGUGCUGAUUGUCUGUGAGUCAGAGACAUUCUUCCCUAGUCUCAUAUGUUGCUUCAUGACCUGCUUGUCCAGGUCAAUAAAAAAAAAUGUGGAUGGUGCUCUUCUUUGUCCCAACAGCAAGCAGAUAGAAUUGCAUAGUGGAGUUGAUGGCAUCAACAUGUUUGUGAAUGCUUGUUCUGCCUCAUUUUAAAAAUGAAGAAAAAAGGAAAAUAUGUUGAAUUACCGAAUCAGAAUUUCCGUUGUUGCAAAGUUCAAAUCAAAACCUCAUUUAUAACAGCUAAUAUAAUAGUCAGUUUCAGACGUACUAUUAAAGCAAGAAUAGUGCAUAAUUACAAAGUAAUAUAUUGUUAAUCAACUCUAUAAUACACCUCAUACUGUGUAAUGGACUGUAUUAUGAGCUUGGUAUUAUGUCUUAAAAUUAUGUAAUUGUAUUCAUAAGUUGUUAUUUAUGGGGUUUUUU